AUUUUUUCAUCUUGUAGAAUUUCUCUGAAGAUAAUGCUGCUUAACAGAGCAAUGGAGGAUUUGGAAAAAGAGAAACAGGACAGGGAAGAAGAGAAAAAUCGCUACCUCAAAGAAAAACACCCUCCUUUGCAGCUUUCUGGACUCUCUCUGGGGGAGUUACAGAAUCUAUGUAAGCAGCUCUAUGCCAAAAUCGAUGUAGUAGAUGAAGAGAGGUUUGACUAUGAGGAUAAAGUCAACAAGCACAACAAAGAUAUCAAUGAGCUUAAGUUGAAAGUUCAAGAUCUAGGUGGGAAGUUCAAGAAACCCGCCCUGAGGAAGGUGCGUGUGUCUGCUGAUGAGAUGAUGAGGGCCCUGCUGGGCUCCAAACACAAAGGCUCCAUGGACCUCCGUGCAAAUCUGAAGUCAGUCAAGAAGGAGGAUAUCAAGCAAGAAAAGGUCUUGACCUCUGAGGUAGGUGACUGGCGUAAGAAUGUGGAAGCCAUGUCUGGCAUGGAAGGAAGAAAGAAGAUGUUUGACGCUGCCGGAGGAGGCCAGUGAGCCCCUUCAUGGAACCAACCUGGCCUUCUGGAUGGUCUUGACAGAGAAGAUAUAAAAUGGAGGGAACGAGACUUAAGUGUUUUCUGGCUUUGUUGAACUUUCUUAGCUGCUGACUUUCCGAGCCAACUCAAACAAAAUUUAAAUCAUGCAAUUCUUUACUCACCCUUUUUGUUGAUUCAAACCUGAAUUAUUUUCUUAUUUCUGUGAAACACAAACGUGUAGAAGAAUGCUGACACUGCUCUUAUUCUUGUCCAUACAACAAAAGUAAAUCAGGGGAUGUCAAGAUCUAAAAAGCACCAUGAAAGUAGUCCAUACAUCCCAUGAUCUAUAUUUCAUAUCUUCUGAAGCUAUGGAUUGCUGUUAUGAUACUUUCAUGGUGUUGCUGUUUUUGUUUUGUUUUUGUAAUAUUUAGAGAUUAAAGGGAUACUCCAUCGCAAAAUGAAAAUUUGGUCAUUAUUCACUUACACCCAUGUUGUUCCAAACCCGUAAAGGC